CCUUCUGUUGGGAAACUGAAUUAUUCAGCAGCCCUCCCAGGGAUUCCCACUUUCCAAAAACAACCCGGUGUCAGGCCAGAUCACGCUGUCGUCUGCUAACGUUUUGUCAUGCUGACGUGUGUGGAAGAAGACAAGCGGCGAAAGAAAGGUGCUGUGAAUUACAUAAAAGAAUAGACACAUAUUAAAACUGUCCAUAGUAAUAACUAGGCUCACGAAAUUUUUCGUCUCUUCAAAUGGAUAACAGAGUUAAAUAUUUUACGGACAAUUGUUGGAAGGAUUUUUUCCAACAUGUCAACAAUGCUGUUGUUUAUAUCGAUAAAUCAGCACUGGAAUGCUUACAUUGGUACACAGGUGACAACACAAUUAAGCGAUUGCAAUAUGCUGGAGUAGUCGCUGUUCGUGAGUUAUUGAUGCACAACUUCGGAGACGCUGAAGUCAAGAAGGCCACUAAAGCAGUUUUUGUAUACACCUCUGCAAAUCCCGAUUUCUAUCAGCAUACGUUAGAAACAAUUAUCAAUAUGAACAGAUUUCAAGAAUGUACUAUUAUAUGUGCUGCACAUAGCAGUGUCUUGAAAUAUGGUUCUAAUUCUAAGUCAGAUUAUAUUGACAGUUACGAUUGCCUCAAACAUGACGUAAUCAGAUGGAUGAGCUCAAGAUUGGGAGAGAAAAUGGAUCAGGCACCUGUUGCCACCAUUAUGUUCCGCCCAAUCUUCAUAGCAUCGAUUAACGAAAAUCUAUUUGUGACUCCUCCAUUUUGGAAACUCAUGCCACCAUUUAGUACUGAAGAUCGUUGUGAAGAAUUCAAAGAAAACGUCGAUCACUUUGUUAGCUCCUUGCACAGCAUGUUUACCAAUUUCAAUCUCAGAGAAGAUAUUUAUUACUUUGGUCAAUUGAGUGAGAAUGUUGCAGAGAAGCUGGAGAAGUUACCGGCUGCUGUUGACAGACGAAAGCGUCUCACAGGUAAAACUGCCGGAGUAUCCCUUAUUCUGGUUGAUAGGACUUUGGAUCUAUGUGUAGCUUCAAGUCACAAUACUGAGUCCUUGUUAGGCAAAAUAUUAAGUACUCUGCCACGUUUGCCUGAUCAUCAGAAUGACAUUGCAGUGGAUAUGACAGUCUUGGGUCCAAAUGGAGAUGGUGUUGAAAAUUAUCCGAGGUACUCUGCACCAGGGUGCUUAGCCAGCAAUGAUUCUAAUAUGAUUAAUCAAUUAAUGAAAAAUAAACAGAAAGAUGUUUUAAUAACUCUGCACAAAUUACUGUCAGAUAUAUUACUUUCUAAGGAAAGUCCAAAGACAAGAAUUGCCACUAGAAUAACAGCUCAUAGCUUAGAAAAACUUGUACACAAGUUGAGAAAUGUUGAUGACUUGAGCCUCAUAUUAGACUCAAGUAAAAAGCUUCAGCAAGUAUUAGCCGUGAUUCAAGCAUUGAAAUCAAAUAAGACAUCUCAAAUCGAGUUGAUAAUAAGUCUAGAAAAACUAAUACUACAAAAUCUAGCAGUCAGUAGAGACUCUUCGAGUAUUCUAGCUCAAUUAAGUAACAUUAUAAAGACUCGUGCUACAAGAGGUUUAUCGAUUGAAAAUCUAUUGGGAUUAUUAGUGUACAUAUAUGCUCUUGCUGGAACAGAAAUACGUUUUAUUGAACAGCAAGAGAAACAGUUGGAGGAAGCUUUGGCUGAAGCAAUAUAUGAAGAUGGUAAGCACGACGAUGAACUCAUUACAACUUCAGAUAGUCCAAUAACGAAUCUGUCAUCAGAAUUGUUCGGGGAGCGAGUACUAACGGAAGAAAUGUCUACACAAAUUGCCAACGAUAUUAUGGCAAAGCUUCACAGAAUAGCAGAGAUGCGAAAAUCUUUGCAGAAGUACAAGUCAUUGAUGCUCAAGCCCAGUCCACAAGAGAUGGCUCAAUGCAUUGGGAUAUUGCAACAACUGGUAAUGGAUUUACUUGAUCCUGAGAGGCCUGAAGUACCAGAUCUUCAAUGUAAAACGUUCUCUCGUAUUACCGCUGGAUUUAAUUUACUUUUAAAGGGUCGAACAAAACAACAUCCUCUCGAUAACGAUUACAUAAUAAUAUAUGUAUUGGGAGGCAUCGUUGCAGAAGAAAUAAAAAUUGUUCAGGAUAUGAUCGUCUCCAAAAAACCUAGUUCUCAAAUUAUAAUAGCUGGAUCCAGAUUGUUGAAUCCAUGUGAUGUGACCAAUCAUAUACUUUUGAAAAAAUCGGGAAGUAAAUAACGGAUGAUUGCUUCAUUGCUGUAUUGCAGUACAAUGCUUUCUUUAUUUUAUUUUAACUAUAUGUAUAUACAGAUGUGAUUCUUUUUGAUUUGUAAGUAUGUUAAAAAAUUAUUUUUGGAGCAGGCAUACUAUACAUCGUUUCUACCCUUUACUGUAACAUGUUCUCCAUUCUAUACCGUUGUUACUUACAAUAUAACUGA